GACUUUUGUCGUUGACGUUACUGAUCAAAACAACGGUUGUUGUAGGUAGAUAGAUUCUUACUAGUAGAUGCUUUCAUUUAACUUGAAAAUCAAACGCUUGAUCAGUUUGAAAUGUAUCGCAAGUUGGCAAAGUUCGUUUAGAAAAGAAACGUUAAUAAAAUACGAAUUAAAUCAUAAAAAUAAAAAUUUGUGGCAAAUGUUAAGAAAUUAGUAAAUAUUAACCUAGAUCAGUUAUUUUGAAAAAAAAUUUGUGUGACAAAAAAAUUUUAAAAAAGAAAAAAUGUCUUCUAUUAAUAAAGAUAUUAAUACCAAUGAAUCUCAAGUGCAAAAAUCGGUAGUGAACGCACCGCGUCUUUCCACACAAAGUAAUGGAAAUGGUUGUUUAGAAACGGAAAAAAAGUUUCUUUAUGAAGAUGUCUUAGAUCUUAUUGGUUUUGGUAAAACUCAAUGGAUUGUGCUUUUAACCUGUGGUCUUCUUUUAAUGAUGGUUAUUAAUGAGACAAUGGGCAUGAGUAUUAUUACCAUUGCUUCACAAUGUGAUUUUGAUUCGUCUUCCAUGGAUAAGGCAAUCAUGAGUGCUGCUGCUUUUAUAGGUAUUUUAUGCUCUUCAUACUUUUGGGGUUAUCUCUGUGAUACGUAUGGCCGGAAACCGAUUUUAAUGUACACUACUUUAAUGGGCAAUCUGGUGUCAUUCAUAUCGAUAUUUAUAGCAAACUUCUGGUUGUAUGUCUUUCUAAGAUUUGUGGUGGGAAUAUUUAUUGCUGGUGCCUCCUCCACGACCUAUGCCUUCUUAGGAGAAUUCUUUAUAGCACGCCAUAGACCAGUUGUUAUUAAUUAUGCCAGCAUGUUUGUGAGUUUGUCCAUGACCUAUGUUCCCGCGGUGGCCUGGCUUGUUUUGUCUAUGAAUUGGUCUUUUGAAAUAACAGAUUCCUUCGUUUUUCGCCCUUGGCGUUUGUUGACCAUUUUUUACUUGUUACCGGGUUUUAUAGCGGUUCUAAUAUUAUCUACUUUACCCGACAGUCCCAAGAUUUUAAUGUCUAUGGGUAAAUAUGAUGAAUCUUAUGAGGCGGUCAAUUGGAUUGCUAAAAGAAAUACUGGCAAAUGUUUGCAAGAUUUUAAGGUUUUCAAAUUGUUGGAUGAAACAGCAACGGAAGGCGAUAAGAUAUUGCUUACCUCGAAAUCACCAUCUCAAGUUUUGAAACAAAUGUGGCGGGAAACGAAGCCUUUGUUUAAGAAGCCUCAUGUUACGAAUUUCCUUAUAUCGUGUACUAUCAUGUGCGGAGUAUUUUUCUGCAAUUCCGGUAUGGGUCUAUGGUAUCCAGAAAUACAAAAUCGUUUAGGCAGCUAUACAGAUGAAAAUAAAAUGACUAUAUGUCAAGUAAUUGAUGCUUUUAUCGAUCAGCAAAAUCAAAAUGAAACAGAAAAGAUCUGUGACGAUACUAUCAAUACUAAAAGUUAUAUAGAUUCCAUAACUUUUGGUGUAGCCUACAUAGGAGCCUACGUUAUAUUGGGAAUGAUAAUUAAUCCUCUGGGACGUAAAGUAACCAUAAUGGGUCUCUUAACUAUUUCGGCAAUUUGUGGUAUAGCAUUACAUUGGCUUUUGGAACCCAUAGCCAUUGUCGUGUGUUUUAUAUUGUUUUUGGUGUUACCCGGUUUAUGUAUAUCGAUAUUAAGUGGAGCAGUGGUGGAUUUGGUGCCCACACAUUUAAGGGGCAAAGCUGUGUGUAUUUGUCUAAUGUUGGGUCGCUCGGGCAGUGUUAUAGGCAGUAAUAUUAUUGGCAGUUUAUUGGAAAGCUACUGUAGUAUAACAUUUGGUGUUUUCUAUGGUUUAAUACUAGUGUGUUCCUUGUUAACAUUUAUGCUGCCUAUAUAAUAAGUAGGUAAUGGAAUUUUUAUAAAAAUCUCAUUAGUUUACGAUUUGUUUUAAAUUUAAGCACAUUUUUUGUAUUUUUGUACUGAGUAGAUAUUUAUAAAUAUGAAAUUAAUUCUCUUCAUAAAACAAGAGAAUAGUA